AUAAACCCUAUAUAAUAAGCUUUGUAAAGAUGGGUAAUAGCAACAGCUUAUAGAAUAAGCCGUUUUCUUCUUGAACUUUCUCUCCCCCGUACGUCUGUGUUGGGGGUAGUGUUCCCAAUGAAGAUUUUCCAGAAGUGCUUCUGGCUGUGUGUGCUUUUUGUGAGCUUUAGCCAUGCUGAGCAGACAAUUGAGGUAGUUGGGGUUGGAGAAUGCACUGACUGUGCUCGGAAUAACAUUAAGACUAGCCAAGCCUUUUCAGGUCUUCGUGUAUCAAUUGACUGCAAGCCCGAAAAUGGGCACUUCAAAACAAGAGGUGUUGGGGAGCUCAAUGAACAGGGAGAGUUCAAAGUCUUACUUCCUAAAGAGAUUGUGAAAGAAGAAAACCAACUAAAAGAGGAAUGUUAUGCCCAACUCCACAGUGCAUCAGCUGCCCCUUGUGCUGCCCAUGACGGCCUGAAAUCCACAAAAAUAGUCUUCAAGUCCAAGGCAAGUGAUGGGACACAAACCCUUGGAGUGGCUGGUGGAAAUCUCAAAUUUUCACCUGUGACUUGCACUUCUGCCUUCUUUUGGCCUCACAAGAAGCACCCACUUUUUUCCAAAUUGCCACCUUUGCCUAAGUUGCCACCUUUCCAUAAAUCUCACCCAAUUUUUGGACACCCAUUGCCAUUCCCUCCUAAGGUCUUCCCUCCAAAAGUUCCAAUCUUCAAGAAGCCUUUUCCUCCACCAGUGCCAAUCUACAAGAAGCCAGUCCCUCCACCAGUACCAGUCUACAAGAAGCCUCUCCCUCCCCCCGUACCAGUCUACAAGAAGCCUCACCCUCCGCCCGUCCCAGUCUACAAGAAACCUAACCCUCCACCCACCCCAGUAUACAAGAAACCUAACCCUCCACCAGUCCCAGUAUACAAGAAACCUUGCCCUCCACCAACACCAAUCUACAAGAAACCUCUCCCUCCACCCGUCCCAGUCUAUAAGAAGCCUCUUCCACCACCAGUUCCAGUAUACAAGAAGCCAUUUCCACCACCAGUCCCCAUAUACAAGAAGCCACUUCCACCACCAGUCCCCAUAUACAAGAAGCCACUUCCACCACCAGUCCCAAUAUACACAAAGCCACUUCCACCACCCAUCCCAUUCCACAAGCCAAAGCCACACCCAUUCAAGCCUCUCCCUCCAUUGCCAAAGAUUCCUCAUCCAUUCUUUAAGAAACCACCACUCCCGCCACUCCACCCAAAAUAUUAUUUCCCUCACCCAAAGCCCAAGCUUCCUCAUCCAUUCUCUAAGAAACCACCACUCCCGCCACUCCACCCAAAAUAUUAUUUCCCUCACCCAAAGCCCAAGCUUCCUCAUCCAUUCUUUAAGAAACCACCACUCCCGCCACUCCACCCAAAAUAUUACUUCCCUCACCCAAAGCCCAAGCUUCCUCCCAUCCCCAAAAUCCCAUAAAUAGUUCCCACACCCAAAGAUUGGCAAGUUUCCACCCCUGCCAUCUUUGGUUCCUAAAUAUCCUCAGGCCAUUGAAGUACUAUAUAUUCUUUCCAGUUGUAAGUAGGAGCUAGCAUCAACGUUGUGUGGUUAAGUGAAAGCAUGAAGCAAUUUAAGAUCACAAUAAAUUAAGCCUUCAAAAGUACCAACUGUUCAAACCUUGAAGAGAAGCAAACAUCAGAGAGAUAACUGAGAGAAUGGAAGACUGUUUAUUUAUAAGUUAUUAUUUGACUUGUUUGGAUUGUGUUUCUUUACUUUGUAAUAUCACAAUUGUUUUUGAAAAAUUUCAGGUGGAUAUUACUUA